CUGACCGAAGAGGUUUCUUCGUGGAGUAGGCAACACCUGCAAACUUUUCAGCUGCUGAAUGCGAUGUGAGCGCGCUGAACUUAGUAGGACGUCGACGCCUUGAGAUCCUGUGCUUUUUAUCAGACAUUGAAGAACAUAUUUCGGGGAGAUUAAACGAUGUUUUUCAGUGAUGGCAAGAGUAGAUCAUGGUCGCUGGGGGGUGUGAGGAGAUACACAAAAUCUUAAAGGAAGAGGACUGCUUGUUUAUCUCGACAGAAGCAUCACCUCAGAAUCAUGAGGGAUUGUCUCCUGUGGAACUUCGCCAAAGUGAUUCUGUUCUGGACAUUAGUUGAUGCUCAGGCAGGUGAAGAUGGUGAGAUUACAGCUGAAGAGCAGGUGCAGAUGCUGCUGGAUGCGAAGAUGCAGUGUCUCCAGAAGGUCUCCACAGACGACCCUGCAGUUGGUGUGUGUGUCCCAGAGUGGGAUGGUCUGAUAUGUUGGCUGCAAGGCUUCCCUGGAACUCUGACCAAGACCCCCUGUCCCAGAUAUAUCUAUGACUUCAACCAUGCAGGAAACGCCUACAGGAGGUGUGACUCUAAUGGAUCCUGGGUGCUUGCAGAGAGCUCAAACAAGACCUGGGUCAACUACACUGAAUGCAUCAAAUCCCCAGAACCCAACAAAAAGAGACAGGUCUUUUUUGAACGGCUGCACAUCAUGUACACAGUAGGCUAUGCAGUUUCCUUCAGCUCUCUUCUAGUGGCCAUCUUUAUUAUUGGAUACUUCAGGCGUCUCCACUGCACCAGGAACUACAUUCACAUGCACCUGUUUGUUUCCUUCAUGCUGCGUGCUGUCAGCAUCUUUGUGAAGGAUCACGUGGUACAUACUAGUGCCAGGCUGCAGGAAUUUGAUGCUGUGCUUAUGAAUAACUUCACUAAUGCUGUGGAUGUGGCACCAGUGGACACAUCACAGUAUAUGGGUUGUAAAGUGACCGUCUUGCUGUUUAUCUAUUUCCUGGCCACAAACUACUAUUGGAUCCUGGUAGAGGGCUUGUACCUGCACAGUCUCAUCUUCAUGGCCUUCUUGUCUGAUUCAAAGUACCUGUGGGGCUUCACUUUGAUCGGGUGGGGUGUUCCCACUCUUUUUGUUGCAGCAUGGGCAGUUGUCAGGGCAACGCUGGCAGAUGCAAGGUGCUGGGAGCUGAGUGCAGGAAACAUCAAAUGGAUCUACCAGGUUCCCAUUCUGACAGCCAUUGGGGUCCAGACUGAGAUCAAGAAGACAUGGACACGGUGGAACCUAGCAUUUGAUUGGAAGGGCCCGGUUGUGUGUGGGAGCUACCGCUAUGGCUCUGUGUUGACGGGCCUUAACAACAGCACCAGCAGUCAGUCCCAGCUUGCUACCGGUGGCCCUGGCACCUGUUCCACCACGCUCUUCUCCAGCCGAGUCUACCGCAGCAGCGGGGGGCCAACCAUCAGUGCCCAUGCCUCCCUGCCAGGCUAUGUGCUCAAUUCAGAUGCUGACAGCUUGCCACCUUCCAUACCUGAGGAGCCAGAGGACAGUACAAAGCAGGUCGAUGACAUCCUGCUGAAGGAGUCCCUGCCAACGAGGCCCAGCAGUGGCCUGGAGGAUGACGAGGAAACUCUGUAGAUAAUGGUGCAAUGAUAUACAGACAAAUUGGGUAUAAUAGCACAUUGGGCAUUGGUUAAAGAGCAAAAAUGACAGUUUGUGACCUGCAGCACACACUGCUUCGGGUGGCAACAGCACCUCAGCAACGAACACUUCCUGUUCAAGCUGUGACACAUAGUUUUGUUUUUGACACAUUGCCAUACGCUGACAGAUUGAUAUGUUCAUGGCAAGAUAUCUCCACUCAUCACUAUAACAAGAACUAUUCACAGCUAUGGAAAUGCUGAUGAAUAAAGUUUCUUGUUGCUUCAUGCGGUUCUUAAACUGCCACCUGGACAAUGUGAAUACUUGAGUUUUUUAUUUUCAAUUGCAACGCCAACUAUUUAUUUUUGAAUACUGGUUUCAGUUGCUAAGAUGUCAUCAAGUCAACAGCAUGACGUCCACAUAUUUGUGUAGACCAUAGAAUCAACCCUCAGGAUCAUUUUUAUUAAGAGCUAUUGAAAGUUGGGGUGAAAAAAAAGGUCUCCA